AUGUCAACCUAUAAUCCAUUCGCUAGGCGAGAGUCUCACGACCGGUUCUCACUUGGAACCUAUCGCGUCCUCGUUCCCUUGUCGUGGCUGCUCGUCGUGGUCGUCGGCAUCUACUACUCCUCCCAUGCCCCCGAUGUCAAGCACGGCCAUACCAUCUGGAAGCAAGCCAACAAGCACAUUACUCCGUUUAGCUUGAGCACGGUUAUUUCUGGUGUUUACUGGAUCAUAACGCUCCUGUCUCAAAUCGGCUUUGUCUACCAUCUUUUCUCCAAUGACGCGGUGACGGCCACCGCCGCCGCCAAUGUAGGGUCACACUUCAUCCUGAACAAUCUGUUCAUCUUUGCCUGGAUUCUUCUGUGGACUCGCAGCCAUUUCUGGGGAUCAGAGAUUAUCCUGAUCGCGCACUUCCUGAACCAAAAGACGACCUACUGGCGGCAUCGUACACUGCCACCUCUUGCGCAUUUUGCCGCCGUCGCAGCGCCUUAUGCCUGGACUCUGAUCACGCUCUUCUGGAACGGAGCCGUUGCCGUGAACAGCAACAGCCUGCCAGCGAGGAUCGUUGCUAAUGUGUUCAUCUGGGUGCUAUUCGCAUUGGGUUCCACACACAUCCUGUCUACCCAGGAUGACAUUCUGGGUUACAGUCUGAGUCUCUUGACGCUGGCAUUGGCCGUCAAGCAGUUCGGCGUCAAGAUCAUCUCCCUGCAGUGGAUCUUUGCCAUUGUUAUCUUUGCCGUCUUCUUCGCCGAGUCUCUCUAUAUCUCCUUGACGAAGUACUCUGGGCGCAACAUCUUCUUCCGUAGGGCUGGACAGCCGGCGCCGGUGACCGAUCGCGAGAGGGAGCCGUUGCUCAACGAUUCGACCCAGCCAGCACAAACUGCCUAA